AUGUCGAAGGUUGCGAAGAAAAAAGGUCGUCAUCGAAAAAAGGCUUUUCUGCAAGAGACAGUAGAGCAAGAGGAAGAUGUGCCAAAAUCGCCAAUCGCACAAAAAGGCGGAAAAUCACCAAACCGAAAAAAGCGACAACCUCCGCCCGAAAUUGCAGAAGGCUUGGACAAAUUUUUUGAUUACAUUUCCGAAUUAGGUGUAGGUGGAAUCAAAAAGUUAUACAACGAGACUCUCUCUGCAUACCGUGCCCCAGACAACUUGUAUAAAUAUGCGGAGUUCGAAAAGAACAAAGAUAAAAAUCGUUUUUUGGACGUUGUUUGCCUCGAUCACUCACGUGUUGUUCUCACCUUGGACGUUCCACCAUGCACAAAUUAUAUCCAUGCUAACUGGGUGCGAUUUGAUAAACAUGAUCGAGUGUUUAUCGCCACACAGGCACCAUUGGAAAAUACGAGAGAAGACUUCUGGAGGAUGGUUUUCCAGGAACAAUGCAGCUCCAUUAUCAAUCUUACAAGUGAAAUUGAUGACACCGAUAGAAUGGUGCGCUACUUUCCUGCUAAACCGGGAGAUUUUACCAACUAUGGUAAAAUGUUUGUUAAUACAAAGAAGGUAGAGGACGAGAAUAAAUUUCUUGUUUAUACUGUAGAAGUUUUACCAGACGGUUGUUCUAACAGUCACCUGCUAAACCUUAUUAAACCAAAAGACGACAGUGGAAAGCCCUCGACAACUAUGAUCUUGCGCAUGUUGCGUAUAGUCGCAUCGUCUGAAAAGAUGACAAAUGGACCAGUUGUGGUACAUUGCGUUUCUGGAGUGGGCAGAGCAGGCACCGUUAUACUCAUAGAUGUCAUACUUCAACGUUUAUUCACCAAUCAACUUCCCGUUGAUCUCGCAGAGAUAUUCCGUCUGCUCAGAAAUCAGCGAGCAUCAUGCCUGCAAAGAGAAGCGCAAUUUUUGUUUGUUGUCGCAAGUGUAGUCGAUUACAUAGGGACUAGAUAUCCGAGCCGAUACCGACAAAAGCGCGAUAAAUUCAAGGAAGACUUCAAGACCACAGUAGCUGGUAAUGCCGCCAAAAAAGCUUCGAGGGAGAUUGUGAAGCCAGUAGAAAACUAAUAUGGUCCCGAUUCCUAAAUGUUUAACGAUUGCAUUUCAACUAAUAAGCGAUAUUAUUCAUACGUG